AUGUCAUUCAACUUUUCAAAUUUCACCAAAGAUAUCAAAUCUUUUGGAGAUCGAAUUAGCACCGAAUUCAACAAGGAGGUGGUACCAUUGGCGCAAAGAACCUCGAGAUUGGUUCAAGAAAGAAUUGGUAAAAUAAACCAAGACGAUAUAUCCCAAUUACCAUCCGAAUACAUUGACUUGGCUAACAAAUGCAACAACAUUGAACUGUUGUACAAGAAUGUCUUGAAGGUUACCUCCAAUUACGAGAACGAGUCAUAUGAUUAUCCCACAAAUUUACAAGAAUCAUUCUCUGAAUUUAGUCAAAAUGUAUCCACUAGAUUCAGCAACUUGAGUAAAGCAACCACUACUGCAGAAGCACAGGCAGCGUUGAUCAAUGCCGGAAGUAACGAGUCCAAGCCACCUAAAACAUUGUACCACGCAUUGAGUAGAGCCACAGAUGCCAGUGUCUUGACCAAAGAGACUGAUUCGAGUUCAGAUGCAAGCGAUCCUUUAAUCAAGGGUUUGGACUUGUACUCUUCCAACUUGAGCAAGAUUGCUAAUGCGAGAUUGGGUCAAGAUCAAUUGAUCAAGCUGAAGUUUAAUAAACCAUUGACUACAACUUUACGGUCCUUGAUAUCACAAUCCAACAAAAUCCAAAGAAAAGUGGAGGAAAAACGUAUUGAUUACGACUUGAGCAGAUACAACUUGACCAAUUGUACCAAUCCCGCAAAGGAAUCAAAGUUGAGAGUCGAUAUGGAAAUUGCCGAGGAUGAUUUUGCCAAUACGGUUGAAGACGCAAUCAAUAUUAUGCAGAAUGUGAUUGAGAAUGCUAAACCUUUGCAGGAAUUUUUAGAACUUAUUAAAGCACAAUUGGCUUAUCAUAAAUUGGCUAGUGAGUUAUUGGGUGGAAUGGUUGGUGAGUACGAGGAGUUGAUAAACCAACAAGAGAAGUUGAGCGAAGGUGCCAAGAACAAGACUGACAGAGAAGGCGGUGAUUUUGAUAUUUAA